AUGGCUGCGCUGACAAAGGUUGCCUUCGCCUCGACCCUGCUGACGGCGCUUUGGGUGGGCAUCUGUUCUUCCGUUUGUGUCGAGGUCCCUUCGGAGACAGAGGCCGUGCAGGGAUCGCGCAUGAAGCUGAUGUGCAUUUCCUGUAUGAAGCGAGAAGAGGUUUUGGCCAACACCAUAGUGAAGUGGUUCUACAAGCCCGAAGGAGGACAAGAUGUAGCUAUCUAUGAAUUCAACAACGAGAAACGGGAACUUGAGAGUCCUUUCCAGGGCCGGCUUGAGUGGAAUGGAAGUGCAGAUAUGCAGGACGUCUCCAUCUCGGUCCUAAACAUCUCUAUGAACGAUUCAGGGAUUUACACCUGUAACGUCACCCGGGAAUUCCUCUUUGAGACCCACCGGCCCAUCUUCACCAGCUCAACACUGAUUCAUCUCACUGUGAUGAAGGAUGCUGGAAGAGACUUAACGGCUCUCAUCUCUGCAAUAAUGAUGUAUAUUCUCUUGGUCUUCCUCACAUUGUGGCUCUUGAUCGAGAUGGUUUACUGCUACCGAAAAGUUUCCAAAGCAGAGGAGGCCACCCAGGAAAAUGCCACCAACUACCUCGCCAUUCCAUCAGAAAAUAAAGAAAACUGUGCUAUACCAGUAGAGGAGUAG